CAUCAACCCACGAGAAUGGCCGCCGCCGCAGUCCUUCGCCACGUGGAUUUGCUUCCAUGUAUGGUUCAAUUCCAAGGAGGUGGAUAUCCAGACAUGCGCGCACUCAACGCGUACGUUCGGGAGCAUGGCCGCUCGGUGCUCUACCUGACACAAAAGGUGAGCGUGUCGACGUACAACCUGCAACUCGCCUCGAUCCUCGUUGGAUUUCGCGAUCUUUUUGCUCCAUGGCUGGCCUUCCAUGGCCUGUCACGUGUUGCUCGCUUGAUAUCAUCUUCGUCCAACAUGGGCGCAUUCGUUGUCGUGUCUGCCAUUUACGCCGGUGACGCAGCCAUCUUGCAAUUGUAUUGCCAACAAAUCCAGCUCCCACCAAGUUAUCCUUUGGUGGACAUUGCUGCGUGGGCUGACCAGCUCGACGCUCUAUGUCUCGUUCACACGUACGGGGCUACAGGAACCACGAACGCCAUGGAUGUUGCUGCCCGAGACGGGCACGAAGCCAUUCUCGCAUUCCUCCAUGAACAUCGACAGGACGGCUGUACGCGAGCAGCGAUGAACCUAGCCGCGCGCUUUAACCACCUACAAGUCGUGUCGUACUUGCAAGUGCACCGCACGGAAGGAUGCUCCAGCGACGCGCUCGUGUGGGCGGCCACGGCUGGCCACUUGGCAAUGGUGCAGUUUCUAUUCGAGCACUACUCCGACACCAUCACCACGCCACUGGCCAUGGAUGGAGCAAGCCAGAAUGGCCAUCUAGAUGUGGUUCGAUUUCUAGAUGCACAAGGCCAGACUUGCACGACAGACGCUGUUGACCAUGCGAGUCUCAAUGGACAUCUCAACGUGGUGACAUUUCUGCUGCAAAAUCGUCCCGAAGGCGCGACAACACGGGCGAUGUCGUACGCCGCAGCAAGCGGUCAUUUAGAAGUAGUGCAAUUCCUGCGCCAAGCCAACGUCCCUGCCAGCAUGAGAACAGCUAUGUUGAAUGCGCGGAAGAACGGCCAUCACAACAUAGUCCAGUACCUCUGCGAGGCCGAUCCGUCCGUCGUCGGGCAGUUGGGCAACCUUGGCAUAAAUGUGUAGCUGGGAGAGGUGAAAAUAAACUGGGCGAUUGGUCACUCUGCCA